AAAAAACACAGACAGCUCUAUUCUCUUAUGUUUAAACCUGAUGCACCAAGACAGCAGCCGUUCCUGAACUAAACUGACAGAGGUUGAGAUGGCGUACUCCACCAAAACUCUUGCUGCUGGCAGCUUUGGGAAGGUAUACAAGGAGAAGUACAAUGACACUUGGGCUGCAAUCAAGAAGGUGCCACAACACUUAAUCAAUAGGAGAGACCUGGAGAGAGAGUGUCAAGUAUACAAUAAAGCGAUUCAUCCUAACAUAGUGAAGCUUCUGGGUAAUCCAACACUCAAGGACUCAAAGUGGAUCAUCCCCAUGGAGUUCAUCUUUGGAGAGGAACUGGAGACAACCAUCUUCAAAUCACUAAAAUCUAAAAUACAGUUGACUCCAUCUAUAAAGGCCACCAUCAUCACAGGCAUGUGUGAAGGACUGCUUCACCUUCACAGGAAAGAUAUCGUCCAUCAGGACCUCAAGCCUGAGAACAUCAUGGUAGAGCAUGUUUCUCACAGAGCUGUGAUCAUUGAUAUGGGACUUGCCAAAUUCUUCCGCAAUGGCCUAAAUUCUGCCAUGGAUAUGGGCAAUGAGGCCUACUCUCCACCUGAGGUCCUGCAGAGGAGGGGCCAGAGAGAUCAGCGCUCGGACGUGUGGGCUAUGGGUAAAAUCAUUACCGAACUUUAUGCCAGAGUCAGGCUGUACACCCCCAGUGUCUGUCCAACUAAGAUCCAGGAGAUCCUCAGUCUCCAAGGCCAGCAGUACUGUAACGCUGUCUGUAGGAUGGUGCAGAGAGACCCCACAGUGCGGGCCACCAUGGCCGGAAUCAUGCCGGAGAUACAAAGGGCAGGGAUAGAUAGCGAUGGCGGCAACACCAGGGGGGGGAAAAGAGGACAUCUGCUGACACCCUUUCCUCACACUCAGGUAAAAGACACCUUGCCAUGUCCUCAAGCUCCUGUACAGCGUUCACCAUCUCCAUCGAGAUUUGAGCGCAAUGCUUUACCAAGGUCUGAGGUCAAGACGCUAGUGCGAGCUCCUGUGCGAGCACCUUCUCCAUCGAGAUGGGAGCGUACAUCUUCUCCAAAGCCUGAGGUCAAGACACUAGUGCGAGCUCCUGUGCGAGCACCUUCUCCAUCGAGAUGGGAGCGUACAUCUUCUCCAAAGCCUGAGGUCAAGACGCUAGUGCGAGCUCCUGUGCGAGCACCUUCUCCAUCGAGAUGGGAGCGUGCAGCCUUGCCAAAGACUGAGUUGAAGUUUGAGGUGAAGACAACACUGCAACCACAACCCGUACAGCGUUCACCUUCCCCGUCAAGGUGGGAGCGUGCAGCCCUGCCAAAGACUGAGGUCAAGGCGACACUGCAACCACAACCCGUACAGCGUUCACCUUCCCCGUCAAGGUGGGAGCGUGCAGCCCUGCCAAAGCCUGAGGUCAAGAACUCACCAACUCCCCUUCCAAAAGGCAUAGCUCAACCCAAUCAAAAUGUCAUGAAACAGCUUCUCUACGAAGAGGCCUUGAAGGGUCUCCCAUGCCCACUCCCAACAACAGGCGGGGUGCGAAUCCGCCGUUAUGAGCAAAGGAAUGGGGAAGUGGAGACUUGGGAGCAAAAUGAGGUGGAGACUGAAGGAGGGAGGAUAGUCAAGUUUGAGGAUGUGAAGUGUAACAAGAAGUCGUAAGUAGGUUAUUGACAGUUUGUGAAAUAGUAGGGAGUUGAUUUGACUCUGCUUCUCCAGAGCAACAACAAUAAAAGUUGUAUUGCACUAUUAAGAAGGAAACCUGAGGUUGAGUAAGGAUUCAUGAAUGAUGUUGAAGGACUAUCACUUUACAGUAUUGCUACAAUGUUGCACAUCUGGUUAGGUGCCAGUUUGCAGAGGAAACUGGAGUCAAAUAACUAUCUGUGAAUGUUUCUGAAAUCUCAUCCCUUUUGCAAAUCAGUUUUAUCUUUAGCUUGAUAUUAUUCAUUUGACUGUGAACAUAGUAAAAACCAUUUUUGUAUCUUCUAAGACAAGAGAUCUUACAUUUAGCUUACAAUUAAGAAUUAAAGUCAUCUUUUCACAAAUAUAUGCUGUGUUAUAUCCUCUUUACAAUAUGGUGGAAAAAUUGCAAGAUUAUGUUAUAAUACUUUUAUUGCAUCAAAUGGUUGUUUUAUGCAACAGAAUAGAGUAUUCUUAACUAUUGUGUGUGUGUGUUCUACUGAGGAUGUACCUCUGGUAGAUAACACUGACAUGAGAUUUACCAUGUCUUUUGGGUGAUAAAACCUAAAGAGCAUUCCAGAGCAUGAGUUAAUGUUUCUGUUCUAUACCGUACCAGGGAGAGAUGGUUCCAGUUUGGACUCGGAGGGCCAAACUCUCUAUACAAUGAAAACUGUUGACACAGCAGAUACUGACUGCUAUUUAUUAUAGGUUUCUUUCAUACAGAUCUUAACCUUGUGACCCAUUCUAUAUAUCUGUUGUUCGUCAUGUAGAUUGAAAGGGGUGUAUCUUCGCUAUAAAAUACCUUUGUACUUUAAUCUCGGGGCUCUCAACGAAUCAUCUGAGGGUGAUUCGUCGACCAACCAUCAUUGUCAUAGAGCACUUAAUCUAUUCACUUUAUGUGUAUGUGUUGUAUUGACCUGCUCCCUUAUUUAUAAGUGGUUAAAGAUUUAGUUUAAGUAUAACUCUGAC